GUGCUGUUGUGUGAAUUUGAUUACUUACAAGUUUAUUUUACUUUUCUAUUACAUUAUAAAUUAUAGUGACGUAUUUCGUGUACAGAUUUAAUAUAGUUAUCGUUGUUAUAUAUUGGUCAGUGUUACAAUAAAAUCGAAAUUGAUAAAAAUAUUUCUGAGUUAUACUUAUGUCGAGUCAUUAAUUAAAUAGAUUUUACAGUGACUCAAGGUUGUACUAAUAAAAGAAGCAGAGCUUGUGACUAUUAUGAGAAUUACAAACACAUAAUGGUUGAGGACAAUGAUCAAAGUUACGGAAGAACGGCAAAUAAAAAUGUACUAUUGAAAAUAGUAAUUCUAGGAGAUGGUGGUGUGGGCAAGUCGUGUUUGAUGAGUAGGUUUAUAUCGAACCACUUCGACGACCACAACUUUCACACGAUAGGCGUCGAGUUUAUGAACAAAACGAUAGAUGUCAAUGGAAAACAGUAUACACUACAGAUAUGGGACACAGCAGGUCAGGAACGUUUUAAAUCUUUAAGGACACCAUUCUAUAGAGGGACGGAUAUCUGCAUACUGGCAUAUGCUAUAGACGAUAGAAGUUCCUUUAACAAUAUUAAGACAUGGUUAAAUGAGUUCCUACAUUAUGCUGGUGUUAAAAAUGGAAUUGAAAAGUUUCCUUUUAUCGUUGUUGGGAACAAGUCAGACGUAUCCUCAAAGGAUAGAGAGGUAUCUUAUGAUCAGUUGAAACAUUGGUGCGAUGAAAAUAAAAUAUCAACAUACUUAGAAACCUCUGCUAAGACAGACAGCAAUGUCGUUGAAGCUUUCUCGCUUGCUGUACAGAGAUGGGCAGAUUUAGAACAGAAAGCUGAAAAGGAACUCAGGAUGUUCCACCAUCCAGAUACUGUGACACUCCACGGUUCAAGCGCUGUGUCCAGCUUCCGAGCUACUUGCUGUUCUCGGUUCACUUCUUAUGAAUCAUAAACGAUUACCCUAUGAAAGGUAAUUUUCCUCAAUUCGGAACUUGAAUGAAAUGUAGCUGAUAUUUGAUUUUCAAUUUAGUUCGAUGUUUCAUCAUAAAUAACAUAAUAUGACAAUUUUUUUUAACUAUAUUUAAUUAAUAAAACAUUAAAAUGUACGAAAUACCACGCGAGUACUCAACGCGCCAUUAUAGCUGUGAUGUCAUAAUGUUAAAUUUUUAAAAUGACACGAAAUAUCUGUCAUUGAAUUGCAAAUUUGACAUUUUGACGUGAUAGGCCAGUACGUCAUCAGUAUAUAAAUCUCAAUUUCGUAUUAAGUAUAUUAUGUACUGUAAAUUAUUAUAAAAAAAUAUCAAAUGCCUAAUUUUUUUUUUUUUUCAAAAUUAUAACAAAUUUGAUCUUUCUUACAUAAGUUAAUAAUGAAAGCUUUAAUAUUUAAUUUCAAAUGUAACGUAUCGUAUAAUCUGUAAUGUUUGUCACGAAUGGUUAACCACAAUAAACUAGACGUGUAAAUGAUAUUGUUAGUCAGAGAAGCAUAAUAUUUACUUGUUUUGUUAUUAUUUUAAUGUAUAUUGUACAGAAUUAACAAUGUAUACAGAUAUUCAAAUGCCUAGGUGUUGCAACUUGGGGACAUACCCCUGGUACUUAUUUUCAAGGGGUCUUAGUUAUUGCAAAAGUUGUAUGAUGUACGAUGGGUUAUCAAUUUUAUUAAAAUAUAUCUAUUAUUCUCAAACUGGCUUUGAAACAUAAAGAGGAAAGAUUUUAUCCCAGCUGUGGGAGUGGGAAGCUGUUACUUUUAUAUCUAGGUUUGUCAAUCGAUGCCCGUAGGAAUCAGAGGCCAUAUUGGGGCGUUUUUUAUAAAUACACAAUUGAUAUAUUAUUGUUUUAAUAUUAUAAAGUUCUUAUUUCUAUAAUUUACGAAUGUAAGUAUUAAUAAAAUAGCAAAAUAGCCAUAUGUUUUGUUUUAUAAAUGUUAUUUUAUAAUAUUUUCGCUAGGAGCGAAGUUGAUUGUUUCGAAGAUGUAAUCAAAAUUGAGACCGUUGAUGGUACUUAUCUCGAAAAAUGCAUUUAACUUAUCAAAAUAAUAAUCAUCCGUCCUUUAGUCAUCGAUUAUGCAAAGACAUGUUGAUAAUAUAUAUCAAUACAUAUCUCGGACUCGUUCAACUGACAUAUUACGUGUAAAUCAAAAUAGUUUUUAUAUUAAAAUAUUAAAUUACAGAUUAAAAAUCGUGAUCAGUAUUGUUGUAUUGCGAUUGACAGCUGUCAAAGUUUUAAAAAAUAUGCAAAAUUAAAAACAAAUAUGACGAUUUUUGUUGUAAAAAGGUAGAACUAG